CCGCCACGGUGACGUCACAGCGGCGUGCGCGCGCGCCCCCGCCGGGCCUGCGCGGUGCGUGAGGCGGGGGAGGCGGCGCGCGCAGCCUCGGCAGCGCCUCUGAGGAGCCGCCGCGAGCCCCGGGGGAGAACCGGGAAGGGCCGGCGAGAACCGGGGCCCAUCGAGCCGAGCGGAGCCGGGCGGACCCGCGGGGUUAUGAGGGCGGGCGCCGCCGCCUCCCCGUGAGGAGCCGCGGGCGCGGGGAGCGCGCGAGGCCGCCCCGCCACAGGAAGCCAUUUUGUGGGCCCCCUCCUCCUCCUCGCUCUCGUCCUCUUCCUCCUCCUCCUCCUCGUCCUCCGCCGUCGCCGCCGCCCUCGGGAGCGGCCGGGCCCGGUGAAGGAGGCGGCGAGGAGGGGCGGCGGCGGCCGCCGCGCCCUCCCCCAUGGCGAAGAAAACCUACGACCUGCUCUUCAAGCUGCUGCUGAUCGGGGACUCGGGGGUCGGCAAGACCUGCGUCCUCUUCCGCUUCUCCGACGAUGCCUUCAACACCACCUUCAUCUCCACCAUUGGACCUUCCUGUGUCACCCCCCCAGCCCCGUUGCUGUGUCCCCGUGCUGUCCCCCGGCCCUGGACGCGGAGCCCCGGCAGAGCCGCCCCGGUGCCGCCCGACGCCGCCUCGCCCCCGCUGCAGGGCAGGGUGGCUUUGGUUCCUCCCUCCGCGCUGGGUGACCCUGAGCGACCCUCGCUGUCCCCCCCCGCGGGGGCUGCGCUGGCAGCUCGUCCCCCACGCCCUGUGCCAGCCGCCGGAGCCCACCUGGCCCCUUCCAUCAGCGUUAAUCCCUGUGGCCGCGGGCGGCAGCGCGAGCACCUCCUGACCAAGGUAGAGCUGCUGUGA